UGCCUCCCAGGGCAAGAUGGCGUCGGUCGGGAAGGAGAGGUUCUUGCCGCAGGAACCCUAUUAUAUUCCGGGGUGAGUUUUUAGUAAGAGGGAGAAUAUAUAUAUAUAUAAAAUAUUUAUUUUAAUAAUAAUAAUAAUAAUAAUAAUAAUAAUAAUAAUAAUAAUAAUAAUUUAUUACUUACUAAUAUUGAUCUAUGUUAAUUUUAUAUAUAGUAAUAUAUAUAGUAAUAGUAAUAUAUAUUACUAAUAGUAAUAUAUAUAUUACUAUUAGUAAAUAUUAUUAUUAUAUUUACUAAUAAAUAUUAUUUAUUACUUAUUACUAUUGAUCUAUAUUAAUAUUAUAUAUAGUAGUAUAUAUAGUAAUAGUAAUAUAUUUAUAUUACUAUUAGUAAAUAUUAUUAUUAUUAUAUUUACUAAUAAACAAUAUUCAUUACUUAAUACUAUUGAUCUAUAUUAAUAUUAUAUAUAGUAAUAUAUAUAGUAAUAGUAAUAUAUAUAUAUUACUAUUAGUAAAUAUUAUUAUUAUAUUUACUAAUAAAUAUUAUUUAUUACUUAUUACUAUUGAUCUAUAUUAAUAUUAUAUAUAGUAAUAUAUAUAGUAAUAGUAAUAUAUAUUACUAAUAGUAAUAUAUAUAUAUAUAUUACUAUUAGUAAAUAUUAUUAUUAUAUUUAGUAAUAAAUAUUAUUUAUUACUUGUUACUAUUGAUCUAUAUUAAUAUUAUAUAUAGUAAUAUAUAUACUAAUAGUAAUAUAUAUUACUAAUAGUAAUAUAUAUAUAUUACUAUUAGUAAAUAUUAUUAUAUUUACUAAUAAAUAUUAUUUAUUACUUAGUACUAUUGAUCUAUAUUAAUAUUAUAUAUUAUUAUUAUAUUUAGUAAUAAAUAUUAUUUAUUACUUAGUACUAUUGAUCUAUAUUAAUAUUAUAUAUAGUAAUAUAUAUAGUUAUAGUAAUAUAUAUUACUAAUAGGAAUAUAUAUAUAUUACUAUUAGUAAAUAUUAUUAUAUUUACUAAUAAAUAUUAUUUAUGACUUAUUACCAUUGAUCUAUAUUAAUAUUAUAUAUAUAUAUAAUAUUGAUUACUAUAAUAUUGAUUACUAUUAGUAAAUAUUAUUAUUAUUAUAUUUAUUAAUCAUCAUCAAGCUUUAUUACGGUCCAUAGACCCAACAAAAAUAUUUAUUAAUAAAUAAUAUUGAUUACUUAUCCAUAUUGAUCUAUAUUAAUUAUAUAUAUAUAUAUAUAUAUAUAUAUAUAUAUAUAUAUAUAUAUAAAAUAUAUAAUAUUGAUUACUAUUAGUAAUUGACCCCCUUUCUUUCCGGAUCCCCAUCCCCCUGUGGGAUCCACCCGUCGCACAUCCCUCCAUCUCUCCCAACCCGUCCCAUUUCCGAUCAUUCCAGAUCCUCCCCAAUGGCUUCCUCCCACCGGGGUUGGUCUGGAUGAUCCCCAGGGAUCCCAUCCUUAACCCUUUCCUGACUUUCCCAUCUUUCUCUCCCCGUUUUCCCGCUAUUUCUUUGCUGAUCGCGAUCUACCUAUUUCCUUGCAGAUCUCCCUAUUUCCUGGAGGAUCUCUUUCUAUUCAGAUCUACCUAUUUCCUUGCAGAUCUACCAAUUUCCUUGCAGAUCUCCCUAUUUCCUUGCGGAUCUCUUUCUAUGCAAAUCUACCUAUUUCUUUGCAAAUCACAAUCUACCUGUUUCUUUCCAGAUCCACCUGUUUCUUCCCAGAUCCACCUAUUUCUUUCCAGAUCCACCUGUUUCUUUCCAGAUCUACCGAUUUCUUUGCAGAUCUGUCUCUUUCCUUGCGGAUCUACCUCUUUCCUUGUAUAUAUACCUAUUUCUUUGUGGAUCAUAUCCUAUUUCUUUCCAGAUCUCUUUUUAUUCGGAUCUCCCCAUUUCUUUGCAGAUCUCCCUCUUUCUUUCCAGAUCCCCCCAUUUCUUUCCAGAUCUCUUUCUUUCCAGAUCUUCCUAUUUCUUUGAAGAUCUCCCCAUUUCUUUCCGGAUCCCCAUCCCCCUGUGGGAUCUGCCAUGCCCCUCCAUAUCUCCCAAUAUACCUAUUUCUUUACAGAUCUAUUUCUUGGCAGAUCUCCCCAUUUCUAGGCUGAUUGGGAUCUCCCUAUUUCCUUGCAUAUCGCAACCUACCUAUUUGUUUGUAGAUCCACCUCUUUCUUUACAGAUCUCCUUCUAUUCAGAUCUACCGAUUUCUUGGCAGAUCCACCUAUUUUCUUGCAGAUCCACCUAUUUCUCUGCUGAUCGCGAUCUCCCUUAUUUCCUUGCAGAUCUCCCUCUUUCCUUGCAGAUCUCCCUCUUUCUUUGCAGAUCUACUUAUUUCUUUACAGAUCUCCCUAUUUCCGUGCAGAUCUCUUUCUUUACAGAUCUCCUCUCACAUCUCCCUAUUUCUCUGCAGAUCUCUUUCUAUUCAGAUCUCCCCAUUUGCAGAUCUCCCUAUUUCCUGGCAGACCCACCUCUUUCUUUGCGGAUCGCGACCUCCCUAUUUCCUGGCAGAUCUCCCUAUUUCUUGGUAGAUCUUCCUCUUUCCUUGCAGAUCUACUUAUUUCUUUGCGGAUCGUGAUCUAUUUCCUUGCAGAUCUCCCUAUUUCUUUGCAUAUCACAAUCUACCUAUUUCUUGGCAGAUCUACCUGAUUCUUACCAGAUCUUCAUCUUUCUAUGCAGAUCUCCCUAUUUAUUUGCGGAUCGCAAUCUAUUUCCUUGCAGAUCUCCCUAUUUCUUUGCAGAUCUCUUUCUAUUCAGAUCUCCCUGUUUCUUUGCAGAUCUACCUAUUUUUUUAAAUUCCGAUCUACCGAUUUUUUGCAGAUCUCCCUCUUUCUUUCCAGAUCUACCUAUUUCCUUGCAGAUCUCCCCAUUUCUUUGCGGAUCGCGAUCCACCUAUUUCUUUGCAGAUCUACCGAUUUAUUUGCAGAUCUCCCUCUUUCCUUGCAGAUCUCUUUCUAUUCAAAUCUCCCUAUUUCUUUGCAGAUCUCCCUAUUUCCUUGCAGAUCUCUUUCUAUUCAGAUCUCCCUGUUUCUUUGCAGAUCUACCUAUUUUUUUUAAAUUCCGAUCUACCGAUUUUUUGCAGAUCUCCCUCUUUCUUUCCAGAUCUACCUAUUUCUUGCAGAUCUACCUAUUUCUUUCCAGAUCUCCCUCUUUCCUUGCAGAUCUCUUUCUAUUCAGAUCUCCCUAUUUCUUUGCAGAUCUCCCUAUUUCCUUGCAGAUCUCUUUCUAUUCAAAUCUCCCUAUUUCUUUGCAGAUCUACCUAUUUCCUUGCAGAUCUCUUUCUAUUCAGAUCUCCCCAUUUCCUUGCAGAUCUCCCUAUUUCUUUUAAUUCUGAUCUACCGAUUUUUUGCAGAUCUCCCUCUUUCCUUCCAGAUCUACCUAUUUCCUUGCAGAUUCACCUAUUUCUUUGCAGAUCGCGAUCUACCUAUUUCCUUUCAGAUCUCCCUCUUUCUUACCAGAUCUACCUAUUUCUUUUGCGGAUCUAUUUCUAUUCAGAUCUCCCUCUUUCCUUGCAGAUCUGCCUAUUUCUUUCCAGAUCUACCUAUUUCCUUGCAGAUCUCCCCAGUUCUUUAGAUAUUGCGAUCUACCUAUUUCUUUGCAGAUCUCCCUAUUUCUUUGCAGAUCUCCCUAUUUCCUUGCGGAUCUCUUUCUAUUCAGAUUUACCUAUUUUCUUGCAGAUCUCUUUCUAUUCAGAUCUCCCUGUUUCUUUCCAGAUCUACCUAUUUCCUUGCAGAUCUCUUCCUAUUCAGAUUUACCUAUUUUCUUGCAGAUCUCUUUCUAUUCAGAUCUCCCUGUUUCUUUCCAGAUCUACCUCUUUCUUUGCAGAUCCACCUCUUUCCAGAUCUCCCCCUUUCCAGAUCUCCCUAUUUCUUUGCAAAUCGCAAUCUACCUAUUUCUUGGCAGAUCCACCUCUUUCUUUGCAGAUCUCCCCAUUUCUUCACAUAUCGUGAUCUCCCUAUUUCUUGGCAGAUCUUCCUCUUUCUUGGCAGAUCUCCCUAUUUCUUGGCAGAUCUCCCUAUUUCUUGGCAGAUCUCCCUAUUUCUUGGCAGAUCUCCCUAUUUCUUCUCACAUCUACCGAUUUCUUUCCAGAUCUAUUUCUAUUCAGAUCUCCGUUUUUCUUUACGGAUCUCCCUCUUUCUUUGCAGAUCCACCUAUUUCUCCCCAUUUCUUUGCGAAUCGCGAUCUCCCUAUUUCCCCGCGGAUCUCUUUCUAUUCAGAUCCCCCUAUUUCCUUGCAGAUCUUUCUAUUCAGAUCUCCCUAUUUCUUUGCAGAUCACAAUCUCCCUAUUUCUUUGCAGAUCUCCCCAUUUCUUUGCGGAUCUCUUUCUAUUCAGAUCCCCCUAUUUCCUUGCAGAUCUUUCUAUUCAGAUCUCCCUAUUUCUUUGCAGAUCACAAUCUCCCUAUUUCUUUGCAGAUCUCCCUAUUUCUUUGCGGAUCUCCCUAUUUCUUUGCGGAUCUCCCUAUUUCUUUGCGGAUCUCUUUCUAUUCAGAUCCCCCUAUUUACUUGCAGAUCUUUCUAUUCAGAUCUCCCUAUUUCUUUGCAGAUCACAAUCUCCCUAUUUCCUUGCGGAUCUCCCUAUUUCUUUGUGGAUCUCCCUAUUUCCUUGCAGAUCUCCCUAUUUCUUUGUGGAUCUCCCUAUUUCCUUGCAGAUCUCCCUAUUUCCUUGCAGAUCUCUUUCUAUUCAGAUCUCCCUAUUUCUUUGCAGAUCACAAUCUCCCUAUUUCCUUGCGGAUCUCCCUAUUUCUUUGUGGAUCUCCCUAUUUCCUUGCGGAUCUCCCUAUUUCUUUGUGGAUCUCCCUAUUUCCUUGCAGAUCUCCCUAUUUCCUUGCAGAUCUCUUUCUAUUCAGAUCUCCCUAUUUCUUUGCAGAUCACAAUCUCCCUAUUUCUUUGCAGAUCUCCCUAUUUCUUUGCGGAUCUCCCUAUUUCCUUGCAGAUCUCUUUCUAUUCAGAUCCCCCUAUUUCCUUGCAGAUCUUUCUAUUCAGAUCCCCCUAUUUCCUUGCAGAUCUUUCUAUUCAGAUCUACCUAUUUCUUUGCAGAUCACAAUCUCCCUAUUUCCUUGCAGAUCUCCCUAUUUCUUUGCAGAUCUCUUUCUAUUCAGAUCCCCCUAUUUCCUUGCAGAUCUCUUUCUAUUCAGAUCCUCCUAUUUCCUUGCAGAUCUCUUUCUAUUCAAAUCCACCUAUUUCCUUGCAGAUCUUUCUAUUCAGAUCCCCCUAUUUCCUUGCAGAUCUUUCUAUUCAGAUCUCCCUAUUUCUUUGCAGAUCACAAUCUCCCUAUUUCUUUGCAGAUCUCCCUAUUUCUUUGCGGAUCUCUUUCUAUCCAGAUCCCCCUAUUUCCUUGCAGAUCUUUCUAUUCAGAUCUCCCUAUUUCUUUGCAGAUCACAAUCUCCCUAUUUCUUUGCAGAUCUACCUAUUUCCUUGCAGAUCUCUUUCUAUUCAGAUCCCCCUAUUUCCUUGCAGAUCUUUCUAUUCAGAUCUCCCUAUUUCUUUGCAGAUCACAAUCUCUCUAUUUCUUUGCGGAUCUCUUUCUAUUCAGAUCCCCCUAUUUCCUUGCAGAUCUUUCUAUUCAGAUCUGCCUAUUUCUUUGCAGAUCACAAUCUCCCUUUUUCUUUGCGGAUCUCCCUAUUUCUUUGCGGAUCUCUUUCUAUUCAGAUCCCCCUAUUUACUUGCAGAUCUUUCUAUUCAGAUCUCCCUAUUUCUUUGCAGAUCACAAUCUCCCUAUUUCUUUGCAGAUCUACCUAUUUCCUUGCAGAUCUCUUUCUAUUCAGAUCCCCCUAUUUCCUUGCAGAUCUUUCUAUUCAGAUCUCCCUAUUUCUUUGCAGAUCACAAUCUCCCUAUUUCUUUGUGGAUCUCUUUCUAUUCAGAUCCCCUAUUUCCUUGCAGAUCUUUCUAUUCAGAUCUGCCUAUUUCUUUGCAGAUCACAAUCUCCCUUUUUCUUUGCGGAUCUCCCUAUUUCUUUGCGGAUCUCUUUCUAUUCAGAUCCCCCUAUUUCCUUGCAGAUCUCUUUCUAUUCAGAUCCCCCUAUUUCCUUGCAGAUCUUUCUAUUCAGAUCUCCCUAUUUCUUUGCAGAUCACAAUCUCUCUAUUUCUUUGCGGAUCUCUUUCUAUUCAGAUCCCCCUAUUUCCUUGCAGAUCUUUCUAUUCAGAUCUGCCUAUGUCUUGCAGAUCACAAUCUCCCUUUUUCUUUGCGGAUCUCCCUAUUUCUUUGCGGAUCUCUUUCUAUUCAGAUCCCCCUAUUUACUUGCAGAUCUUUCUAUUCAGAUCUCCCUAUUUCUUUGCAGAUCACAAUCUCCCUAUUUCCUUGCGGAUCUCCCUAUUUCUUUGUGGAUCUCCCUAUUUCCUUGCAGAUCUCCCUAUUUCUUUGCAGAUCUCCCUAUUUCCUUGCAGAUCUCCCUAUUUCCUUGCAGAUCUCUUUCUAUUCAGAUCUCCCUAUUUCUUUGCAGAUCUCAAUCUCCCUAUUUCCUUGCAGAUCUCCCUAUUUCCUUGCAGAUCUUUCUAUUCAGAUCUCCCUAUUUCUUUGCAGAUCACAAUCUCCCUAUUUCCUUGCAGAUCUCCCUAUUUCUUCGCGGAUCUCUUUCUAUUCAGAUCCCCCUAUUUCCUUGCGGAUCUCUUUCUAUUCAGAUCCCCCUAUUUCCUUGCAGAUCUUUCUAUUCAGAUCUCCCUAUUUCUUUGCAGAUCACAAUCUCCCUAUUUCUUUGCGGAUCUCCCUAUUUCCUUGCAGAUCUCCCUAUUUCUUUGCGGAUCUCCCUAUUUCUUUGCGGAUCUCCCUAUUUCCUUGCAGAUCUCUUUCUAUUCAGAUCCCCCUAUUUCCUUGCAGAUCUUUCUAUUCAGAUCUCCCUAUUUAUUUGCAGAUCACAAUCUCCCUAUUUCUUUGCGGAUCUCCCUAUUGCUUUGUGGAUCUCCCUAUUUCUUUGCGGAUCUCCCUAUUUCCUUGCAGAUCUCUUUCUAUUCAGAUCCUCCUAUUUCCUUGCAGAUCUCUUUCUAUUCAGAUCUCCCAUUUCUUUGCAGAUCACAAUCUCCCUAUUUCUUUGCAGAUCUAUUUCUUUGCGGAUCUCCCUAUUUCUUUGCGGAUCUCCCUAUUUCCUUGCAGAUCUCCCCAUUUCUUUCCAGAUCUUUCGGCAGGUCCCGAUCCACCUGUGGGAUCCACCCGCUCUCCGUCGCUUCAUCUCUCCCACCCGACCUCAGCCUAUAAAUCACAUUUCCCAUCCUUCCAUAUCUGCCCUAAUAAUAAUAAUAAUAAUCAUAAUCAUAAUUAUAAGUUAUAAUUAUGAUUAUAAUAUAUAUAUAAUUCUAUUACCUUAUUAUAUUAUAUUACAUUAUUAUAUUAUUAUAUUAUAAAUAAAUAUUAUUUGUUUUGUUUUGUUAUUUUAUUUUAUGUUUUUUAUGUUUUUUAUGUUUUUUAUGUUAUUUAUUUAUUAUAUUUAUAUUUUAUUGAUUGAUUGAUUUAAUUAUUUAAUGAAUUUUAUUUCAUGAUUUUCAUUUAUUUAAAUUUUUAUUCUAUUCUAUUCUAUUUAUAUUUUCAUUCCAUUCCAUUUCUUUUUUUUAAUUGCAUUUCAUUCCAUUUAUUCAUCUCUCUUUCUAUCAAUUCCGCCCCAUUUUCCCGCACGCAUUUUUCCCUUUUCCGCCCCAUUUUUCCGCACGAAUCUUCCGCUUUUCCACCCCAAUUUUCCCAAUUUUUAAUUUAUUUAUUUCAUUCAUUUCUCUUUCUAUAAAUUCCGCCCCAUUUUCCCGCACGAAUCUUCCCCUUUUCCACCCCAAUUUUCCCAAUUUUUAAAUUUAAUUUUAUUUAUUUCAUUCAUCUCUCUAUAAAUUCCGCCCCAUUUUCCCGCACAAAUUUUCCCCCUUUUCACCCCAAUUUUUCCCCAAUUUUCCCAUUUUUUAAUUUAAUUUUACUUAUUUCAUUCAUCUCUCUUUCUAUAAAUUCCGCCCCAUUUUCCCGCACGCAUUUUUCCCUUUUCCGCCCCAUUUUCCCGCGCAAAUCAUCCCCUUUUCCACCCCAAUUUUUCAUUUUCAUUUUCAAUUUCAUUUUAUUUAUUUCAUUCAUUUCUCUUUCUAUAAAUUCCGCCCCAUUUUUCAUUUUCAAUCUUCCCAUUUUUUAAUUUAAUUUUAUGUAUUUCAUUCAUCUCUCUUUCUAUAAAUUCCGCCCCAUUUUUCAUUUUCAAUCUUCCCAUUUUUUAAUUUAAUUUUAUGUAUUUCAUUCAUUUCUCUUUCUAUAAAUUCCGCCCCAUUUUUCAUUUUCAAUCUUCCCAUUUUUUAAUUUAAUUUUAUGUAUUUCAUUCAUCUCUCUUUCUAUAAAUUCCGCCCCAUUUUUCAUUUUCAAUCUUCCCAUUUUUUAAUUUAAUUUUAUGUAUUUCAUUCAUCUCUCUUUCUAUCAAUUCCGCCCCAUUUUUCCGCACGGAUUUUCCCCUUUUCCACCCCAAUUUCCCCCCAAUUUUCCCAUUUUUCCCCCCUUUUUCUCCCCAAUUUUCCCAUUUUUCCCUUUCCCACCCCAAUUUCCCCAUUUUUUAAUUUAAUUUUAUUUAUUUCAUUCAUCUCUCUUUCUAUAAAUUCCGCACGCAUUUUUCCCUUUUCCGCCCCAUUUUCCCGCGCCAAUUUCCCCCUUUUCCACCCCAAUCUUCCCAUUUUUGAAUUUAAUUUUAUUUAUUUCAUUCAUCUCUCUUUCUAUAAAUUCCGCACGCAUUUUUCCCUUUUCCGCCCCAUUUUUCUGCACGCAUUUUUCCCUUUUCCGCCCCAUUUUUCUGCACGCAUUUUUCCCUUUUCCGCCCCAUUUUUCCGCGCAAAUUUUCCCCUUUUUCACCCCAAUUUUCCCCCAAUUUUUCCCAUUUUUCCGACAGCUACAGCGGCUUCUACCCCCAGGUGCGCUACCAGGUGGGCAAACCUUUCGGCCGCCUCACCUGCGACGUCCUCACCGACCCCAAGAUCCAAAAAAGUCCCAUUUCCGUCCUGGCGCCGCUGACCAAACCCAAAUUUAUCGAGGAUUUCACCAGCCGGGACCGACCCUUCCGCCAAUGCAUGGACCAGCACCAGAAUUACAUCCCGGGGUAUUCCGGUGUGUCAAUUUCCAGAGAUGUAUACAUAUAUAAAUAUAUAUAUAUAUAUAUAUAUAUAUAUAUAUAUAUAUAUAUAUAUAUAUAUAAUUUAUAUAUAUAAUUUAAUAUAUUAUAUAUCUGUACAUAAUAUUAUAUUAUAUUCAUAUAUAAUAUAUUAUAUUAAUAUAUUAUACUAUAUAUUAUUAUAUAUAUAAUUAUUAUUAUAUAAAAUCUAUAUCUCUCUAUAUAUAUAUAUAUAUAAAUAUAUAUAAAAAUAUAUAUAAUAUAUUAAAAAAUAUAUUAUAUAUAUAUAAUUUUUAUAUAUAUAUAUAUAUAUAUAUAUAUAUAUAUAUAUUAUUAUUAUAUUAUAUUCAUCUAUAAUAUAUUUUAUUAAUAUAUUAUACUAUAUAUUAUUACAUAUAUUAUUAUUAUAUGAAAUCUAUAUCUAUCUAUAUAUCUUUAUAUCUACGUAUCUAUGUAUAUCUAUAUAUCUAUCUAUAUCUAUGUAUCUAUAUAUUACUAUCUAUAUCUAUGUAUCUAUAUAUCUUUAUCUAUCUAUAUGUAUAUAUCUAUAACUAUCUAUCUAUAUCUAUGUAUAUGUAUAUAUCUUUAUCUAUGUAUCUAUAUAUCUUUAUAUCUACGUAUCUAUGUAUAUCUAUAUAUCCAUCUAUAUCUAUGUAUCUAUAUAUCUUUAUCUAUAUCUCUAGCUAUGUAUCUAUAUAUCUUUAUCUAUAUCUAUGUAUCUAUAAAUCUAUAACUAUUUAUAUCUAUGUAUCUAUAUAUCUUUAUCUAUCUAUAUCUAUUUAUAUCUAUAUAUCUUUAUCUAUAUCUCUAGCUAUGUAUCUAUAUAUCUUUAUCUAUCUUUCUAAUCUGUAUCUAUAGCAAUCUAUAUAUGUAUCUAUCUAUCUAUCUAUGUAUCUCUCUCUAUGUAUCUAUAUCUUUAUCUCUCUCCAUCUAUAUAUCUUUAUCUAUCUAAUCUAUAGCUCUCUCUCUAUAUCUCUAUAUGUAUCUAUCGAUUUCGCUUUAUGUCUCUAGCUAUCUUUCUAUAUCUAUCUAGCUCUAGCUCUGUUAUCUAUAUAUCUUUAUCUAUAUCUCUAGCUAUGUAUCUAUCUAUCUUUAUCUAUCUUUCUAAUCUAUAUCUAUAGCAAUCUAUAUAUGUAUCUAUCUAUCCAUCUCUCUCUCUCUCUCUCCAUCUAUAUAUCUUUAUCUUUAUCUAUCUAAUCUAUAGCUCUCUCUCUAUAUCUUUAUAUGUAUCUAUCGAUUUCGCUUUAUGUCUCUAUCUUUAUGUCUCUAUCUAUCUUUCUAUAUCUAUCUAGCUCUAGCUCUGUUGUCUAUAGAUCUUUAACUAUCUUUCUAUCUAAUCUAUAUCUACAUAUCAUUAUCUAUAUCUAUCCAUGUAUCUAUAUCUUUAUCUAUCUUUUUAUCUAAUCUAUAUCUAUCUAUCUUUAUAUCUAUCUAUGUAUCUACCUCUAUGUAUCUAUAUAUCUUUAUCUAUCUAUCUAUCUAUCUAUCUUUAUCUAUCUUUCUAAUCUAUAUCUAUAGCAAUUUAUAUAUGUAUGUAUCUAUCUCUAUCUAUCUAUCUAUGUAUCUAUCUAUCUAUCUCUUUAUCUCUCUCCAUCUAUAUAUCUUUAUCUAUAGCGCUCUCUCUAUAUCUCUAUAUGUAUCUAUCUAUCUUUAUGUCUCUAUCUUUCUAUAUCUAUCUACCUCUAGCUCUGUAUCUAUAGAUCUUUCACUAUCUUUCUAUCUAAUCUAUAUCUACAUAUCUUUAUCUAUAGCUAUCUAUAUGUAUCCAUCUAUGUAUCUAUAUCUUUCUCUCUCUACGUAUCUAUCUUUUUAUCUAAUCUAUAUCUAUCUAUCUUUAUAUCUAUGUAUCGACCUCUAUGUAUCUAUAUAUCUUUAUCUAUAUCUAUCUAUAUAUCUACGUAUCUAUGUAUAUCUAUCUAUCUAUAUCUAUGUAUCUGUAUAUAUCUAUCUAUAACUAUCUAUUUAUAUCUACGUAUCUAUAUAUCUUUAUCUAUUUAUAUCUAUAUAUCUUUAUCUAUAUCUAUAUCUCUAUGCAUCUAUAUAUCUUUAUCUAUCUUUCUAAUCUAUAUCUAUAGCAAUCUAUCUAUCUAUCUCUCUCUCUCUCUCCAUCUAUAUAUCUUUAUCUUUAUCUAUCUAAUCUAUAGCUCUCUCUCUCUAUCUGUAUCUAUCGAUCUCGCUUUAUGUAUCUAUCUAUCUUUAUGUCUCUAUCUAUCUUUCUAUAUCUAUCUAGCUCUAGAUCUAUCUUUAACUAUCUUUCUAUCUAAUCUAUAUCUAUCUACAUAUCUUUAUCUAUAUCUAUCUAUAUCUAUCUAUGUAUCCAUCUAUGUAUCUAUAUAUUUAUCUUUUUAUCUAAUCUAUAUCUAUCUUUAUAUCUAUCUAUCUAUCUAUCUAUCUACCUCUAUGUAUCUAUAUAUCUUUAUCUAUAUAUCUAUCUCUCUAUCUAUAUAUCUAUCGAUCUAUCUUUAUGUAUCUAUCUACCUUUAUCUAUAUCUAUCUAUAUCUCUGUAUCUAUAAAUCUUUAUCUUUCUAAUCUAUAUCUAUGUAUAUAUCUUUAUCCAUCUAUAUCUAUCUAUAUCUUUAUCUAUAUCUACGUAUCUACAUAUCUAUUUAUAUCUAUGUAUCUAUAUAUCUUUUAUCUAUAUCUAUAUAUCUAUAUAUCUUUAUCUAUAUCUAUAUAUCUACGUAUCUAUGUAUAUCUAUAUAUCUAUCUAUAUCUAUAUAUCUAUAACUAUUUAUCUAUAUCUAUGUAUCUAUAACUAUCUAUAUCUAUGUAUCUAUAUAUCUAUAACUAUUUAUCUAUAUCUAUCUAUAUCUAUAUAUCUACAUAUCUAUGUAUAUCUAUAUAUCUGUCUAUAACUAUCUAUUUAUAUCUAUGUAUCUAUAUAUCUUUAUCUAUAUUUAUAUCUAUAUAUCUUUAUCUAUAUCUCUAUCUUUAUCUAUCUUUCUAAUCUAUAUCUAUGUAUAUCUAUCGCUAUCUAUGUAUCUACAUAUCUUUAUCUAUAUAGCUAUAUAUUAUCUAUCUCUUAUGUAUCUGUGUAUCUUUAUUUAUUUAUCUCUAUCUUUAUGUCUCUAUAUCUACCUACCUAUAUCUAUAUCUUUCUAGAUCGAUCUCUGUAUCUAUCUAUCUAUCUAUCUAUCUCUGUAUCUAUCUAUCUAUCUAUCUAUCUAUCUAUCUAUCUAUCUAUCUCUGUAUCUAUCUAUCUUUAUCUAUCUCUGUAUCUCUGUAUCUCUGUAUCUAUCUAUCUUUAUCUAUCUCUGUAUCUAUCUAUCUAUCUCUGUAUCUAUCUAUCUAUCUAUCUAUCUAUCUCUGUAUCUAUCUAUCUUUAUCUAUCUCUGUAUCUCUGUAUCUAUCUAUCUUUAUCUAUCUCUGUAUCUAUCUAUCUAUCUAUCUAUCUAUCUGUCUGUCUAUCUAUCUAUCUGUCUGUAUCUAUCUAUCUCUGUAUCUCUGUAUGUAUGUAUGUAUCUAUCUAUCUUUAUCUUCAUCUUAUCAUAUUACGGUAUCGAUUAUUUCACAUUACCCAGCCUUUUGCACCAUUAUUUUUUCAAUCUUUCUUCUUCUUCUUCUAUUAUUAUUAUUAUUACUAAAUCUCUCGCCGCUUCUUUCAGGCUUAUUAUUAUUAUUAUAUCUCUAUUACUAUUAUUAUUAUUGCUAUUAUUCUCUCUUCCAGGCUUCUAUUAUUAUUGUUAUUAUUAUCAUUAUUAUUAUUAUUACUAUUCUUCUUCUUCUCUCUUCCAGCCUUUAUUAUUAUUAUUAUCAUUAUUAUUAUUAUUACUAUUCUUCUUCUUCUCUCUUCCAGCCUUUAUUAUUAUUAUUAUCAUUAUUAUUAUUAUUACUAUUCUUCUUCUUCUCUCUUCCAGCCUUUAUUAUUAUUAUUAUUAUUAUUAUCAUUAUUAUUAUUAUUAUUACUAUUCUUCUUCUUCUCUCUUCCAGGCUUUUAUUAUUAUUAUUAUUAUUAUUAUUAUUACUAUUAUUCUUCUCUCUUCCAGCCUUUAUUAUUAUGAUUAUUAAUUAUCAUUAUUAUUCUCUUUUCCAGGCUCCGCCCCUUACCAAGGCUGCCUCCGCCUCCCCAACCGGCCGCCGCCCGGCGCUACAACUCCCAAACCCGCCAUCAUCUGCCCGCCGACAGGGGCGGAGCCUCGCCCGGCCCCCGCCCCCUGCCACCCCGGCCUCCGAUUGGCCUGCGGACCCGGCUGGCGCCAGUUCUCCUCCGUCGCCGGGCGGGAUUCGAACCCGGCGCCCAGGAUGUACCUUUGCCACCCGGACGUCGCCUUGGUUUGCGGACGGGAGGAGCGGGCGCCGUGCGACGCCGGGAUGGCGCUGAUCUGCGGGCAGGGGGGCCGGGCGGCGCCAUGUGGGGAGGUAGGGAGACGGGUUGCGGGUUCGAAUCCAGGAUUUCCCUGAUUUUCUAGGUUUCUGCUGGCGGGGAGUUCUGGGUUUCUGAAUGGAGAGAAUUCUAGAUUUCUGCUAUCCCAAUUUUUCCCUUUUUCACUCCAAUUUCCCCCCAAUUUUUCCCCUUUUCACCCAAAUUUUCCCCCUCUUUCCACCCCAAUUUUUCCCUUUUUCACUCCAAUUUCCCCCCAAUUUUUCCCUUUUUCAGUCCCAAUUUCCCCCCUUUUUCCACCCCAAUUUCCCCCCCCCAAUUUCCCCCAAAUUUUUCCCUUGUCACCUAAUUUUUCCCCUUUCCGCCCCAAUUUCCCCCCAAUUUCCCUCUUUUCACCCCAAUUUUUCCCCUUUUCUGCCCCAAUUUCCCCUCUUUUUCUGCUGCAAUUAUUCCCCUUUUCACCCCAAUUUUCCCUUCAUUUUUCCCUUUUUCAUCCCAAUUUCCCCCCAAUUUUCCCAAUGUUUCCCCUUUUCCACCUAAAUUUCUCCCCUUUUCCGCCCCAAUUUUCCCCCAAUUUCCCUCUUUUCACCCCAAUUUCCCCCCUUUUUCUGCCGCAAUUAUUCCCCUUUUCGCCCCAAUUUCCCCUUCAUUUUUCCCUUUUUCAUCCCCAUUUUUCCCCAAUAUCCCCCCUUUCCCCGCCCUAAUAUUUCCCUUUUUCGCCCCAAUUUCACCCCAAUAUUUCCUUUUUCCACCCCAAUUUUCUGUCCCAAUUUCCCCCAAUAUUUCCCCGUUUUCCAUCCCAAUUUUUUCUUUUUCUGCCCCAAUUUCCCCCCAUCAUUUCUAGAUUUCUCCUUGCGGGGAUUUCUAGAUUUUUUUUCCUGAUUUCUAGAUUUCUGCUUGCGGGAAAUUCUGGAUUUUUCCUGAUUUCCAGGUUUUUCCUGGCGGGGAUUUCUAGAUUCCCCCCCCCCUGAUUUCUAGAUUUCUCCUUGCGGGGAUUUCUAGAUUUCCCCCCUGAUUUCUAGAUUUCUCCUUGCAGGGAUUUCUAGAUUUCCCCCCUGAUUUCUAGAUUUCUCCUUGCGGGGAUUUCUAGAUUUUUUUCCUGAUCUCUAGAAUUCCCUCGAUUUCUAGAUUUCUGCUUGCAGGGAUUUCUGGAUUUUUUUUUCCUGAUUUCUAGAGUUCUGCUUGUGGGGAUUUCUAGAUUUUUUUCCUGAUUUCUAGAUUUCUGCUUGCGGGAAAUUCUGGAUUUUUCCUGAUUUCCAGGUUUUUCCUGGCGGGGAUUUCUAGAUUUCUGCUUGCAGGGAUUUCUAGAUUUUUUCCCCUGAUUUCUAGAUUUCUCCUUGCGGGGAUUUCUAGAUUUUUCCUGAUCCCUAGAAUUCCCUCAAUUUCUCCUUGCAGGGAUUUCUAGAUUUUCCCCCUUAUUUCUAGAUUUCUGCUUGCAGGGAUUUCUAGAUUACCCCCGAUUUCUAGAUUUCUCCUUGCGGGGAUUUCUAGAUUUUUUUCCUGAUCUCUAGAAUUCCCUCGAUUUCUAGAUUUCUACUUGCAGGGAUUUUUAUUUCUUGGUGGGUUUUCUAGAUUUCUCCUUGCAGGGAAAUCUGGGGAGGGCGGAGCUUCCCUCUCACUGACUCCUCCCCUCUCCCUAACUCCGCCCCCAGACGACCCGGAUCGAGGCCACGCCCCUCCCUCCGCCCACCGAGACGACGACGGACAUCUGCCGCUUUGACCGCACCCCCAAGAUGGACGCCCCCAACCUGGUCCAGAGGAAGGCCAUUUCCGGUAGGCCCCGCCCCUUCCUCCAGAAGCCCCGCCCCAACCGGAAAUCCCUAGAUUUCUCCUUCCUGGGGUGGCCCCUCCCCUUCCUCCAGAAGCCCCACCCACUCCCCCGGAAGCCCCGCCCACAAGCAGAAAUCCCUAGAUUCCUCCUUCCUGGGAUGGCCCCGCCCACUUCCUCCAGAAGCCCCACCCCUUCCUCCAGAAGCCCCGCCCCCAACCGGAAAUCCCUAGAUUUCGCCUGCAAGGAUUUCUAGAUCUCUCCUUCCUGGGAUGGCCCCGCCCACUUCCUCCAGAAGCCCCGCCCACAAUCGAAAAUCCCUAAUUUUCUCCUUCCUGGGAUGGCCCCACCCACUUCCUCCAGAAGCCCCGCCCCCAACCCGAAAUCCCUAGAUUUCUCCUGCAAGGAUUUCUAGAUCUUCCUGGGAUGGCCCCGCCCACUUCCUCCAGAAGCCCCGCCUCCAACCAGAAAUCCCUAGAUUUCUCAUGCAAGGAUUUCUAGAUCCCUCCUUCCUGGGAUGGCCCUGCCCACUUCCUCCAGAAGCCCCGCCUCCAACCGGAAAUCCCUAAUUUUCUCCUUCCUGGGAUGGCCCCGCCCACUUCCUCUAGAAGCCCCGCCCCCAAGCAGAAAUCCCUAUAUUUCUCCUGCAAGGAUUUCUAAAUCCCUCCUUCCUGGGAUGGCCCCGCCCACUUCCUGCAGAAGCCCCGCCCACUUCCUCCAGAAGCCCCGCCCACUCCCCAGAAACCCCGCCCCCAACCCAGAAAGCUCCACCCUCUUUCAGAAACACAUUUUCUAGAUUUCUCUUUGCAGGGAUUUCGAGAUCUCCAGAGAUUUCUAGAUUCCGCCUUCCCGGGAUGACUAGAUCUCUCCUUGUGAGGAUUUUGAGAUUUCCGGAGAUUUCUAGAUCCCGCCUUCCCGGGACGACUAGAUUUCUCCCUGUGAGGAUUUCGAGAUUUCCAGAGAUUUCUAGAUCCCGCCUUCCUGGGACGACUAGAUUUCUCCUUGCGAGGAUUUCGAGAUUUCCGGAGAUUUCUAGAUCCCGCCUUCCCGGGAUGACUAGAUUUCUCUGGCAUAGAUUUCUAUAUAUCAUCUUCUCGGGAUUUCGAGAUCACUGGCAGGGAUUUCUAGAUCUCUCCUUGCGGGGUCAAACUGCUCAGAGGCAAAAGAGAUUUCUAGAGAUCUCCUGGCAGGGAUCUCUCCAUUUCUCCUGGCGGAGAUUUCCAUCGGUCUUCUUCUAGGGAUUUCUAGAUUUCUCUUUGCAGGGAGGUCUAGAUUUCUCCCUGGGGGGCUUCCUAGAUCUCUCCUUCCCAGGAUUUCUAGAUCUCUCCUUCCAAGGAUUUCUAGAUUUCUCCUUGCAGGGAUUUCUAGAUCUCUCCUUCCCAGGAUUUCUAGAUUUCUCCUUCCGGGGAUUUCCAGAUCUCUCCUUCCGGGGAUUUCUAGAUCUCUCCUUCCCAGGAUUUCUAGAUCUCUCCUUCCGGGGAUUUCUAGAUCUCUCCUUCCGGGGAUUUCUAGAUUUCUCCUUGCAGGGAUUUCCAGAUCUCUCCUUCCCAGGAUUUCUAGAUUUCUGCUUCCCAGGAUUUCUAGAUCUCUCCUUCCCAGGAUUUCCAGAUCUCUCCUUCCCAGGAUGUCUAGAUUUCUCCUUCCCAGGAUUUCUAGAUCUCUCCUUCCCAGGAUGUCUAGAUCUCUCCUUCCCAGGAUUUCUAGAUCUCUCCUUCCCAGGAUUUCUAGAUUUCUCCUUCCCAGGAUUUCUAGAUUUCUCCUUGUUGGGAUUUCUAGAUUUCUAGAGAUCACUAGAUUUCUGGCAGGGAUUUCUAGAUCUCUCCUACUUGGAAUUAGAACAGCCCUGGAUUUCUAGAUUUCUCCUGGCAGAGAUUUCUAGAUCUCUUCUUCCCGGGAUUUCCAGAUCUCUCCUUCCCGGGAUUUCCAGAUCUCUCCUUCCCGGGAUUUCCAGAUCUCUCCUUCCGGAGAUUUCCACAUCUCUCCUUCCCGGGAUUUCUAGAUUUCUCCUUGUUGGGAUUUCUAGAGAACACUAGAUUUCUGGCAGGGAUUUCUAGAUCUCUCCUCCUUGGAAUUAGAACAGCCCUGGAUUUCUAGAUUUCUCCUGGGAAUUCCAGUUUUUCCUUCCUGGGAAUUCUAGUUUCCUCCUUCCCUGAAUUUCUAGAACUUUCUGGGAAUUCUACUUUCCUCCUUCCUGGGAAUUCUAGUUUGGGAAUUCUAGUUUCCUAUUUCCUGGGAAUUCUAGUUUUCUGGCAGAAAUGCCCCAAUUUGUACCUGGGAAUUCUAGUUUUUCCUUCCUGGGAAUUCUAGUUUCCUCCUUCCUGGGAAUUCUAGUUUCCUCUUUACUGGAAACUCUAGUUUCCUCCCCUGAAUUUCCUCCCCUUUCGGGGAUUUCUAGUUUGGGAAUUCUAGUUUCCUCCUUCUUGGGAAUUCUAGCUUCCUCCUUCCUGGGAAUUCUAGUUUCCUUCUCUGAAUUUCUAGAUUUCUUCCUGGGAAUUCUAGUUUUUCCUUCCUGGGAAUUCUAGUUUUUCCUGGGAAUUCUAGUUUCCUCCCCUGAAUUUCUAGAUUCUUUCCUGGGAAUUCUAGUUUCCUCCCCUGAAUUUCUAGAUUUCUUCCUGGGAAUUCUAGUUUCCUCCUUCCUGGGAUUUCUAGUUUCCUCCUUCCUGGGAAUUCUAGUUUCCUCCUUCCUGGGAUUUCUAGUUUCCCUGGGAAUUCUAGUUUCCUCCUUCCUGGGAAUUCUAGUUUUCCUGGGAAUUCUAGUUUCCGCCUUCCUGGGAUUUCUAGUUUUCCUGGGAAUUCUAGUUUCCUCCUUCCUGGGAAUUCUAGUUUCCUCCUUCCCAGAAUUUCUAGAACUUUCUGGGAAUUCUAGUUUCCUCUUCCUGGGAAUUGUAGUUUCCUCCUCCCUGGGAAUUCUAGUUUCCUUCCCUGAAUUUCUAGAUUUCUUCCUGGGAAUUCUAGUUUACUCCUUCCUGGGAUUUCUAGUUUGGGAAUUCUAGUUUCCUCUUCCUGGGAAUUGUAGUUUCCUCCUCCCUGGGAAUUCUAGUUUCCUCCCCUGAAUUUCUAGAUUCCUUCCUGGGAAUUCUAGUUUCCUCCUUCCUGGGAAUUCCAGUUUUCUGGCAGAAAUGCCCCAAUUUGUACCUGGGAAUUCUAGUUUUCCCUUCCUGGGAAUUCUAGUUUCCUCCCUGAUUUCUUCCUGGGAAUUCUAGUUUUUCCUUCCCUGAAUUUCUAGAACUUUCUGGGAUUUCUAGUUUGGGAAUUCUAGUUUCCUCCUUCCUGGGAAUUCUAGUUUCCUCCCUGAUUUCUUCCUGGGAAUUCUAGUUUCCUCUUUACUGGGAACUCUAGUUUCCUCCCCUGAAUUCCUGGAUCUCCCUGGGAAUUCUAGUUUCCUUCCCUGAAUUUCUGGAUUUCUUCCUGGGAAUUCUAGUUUCCUCCGCUUAAUCUCUAGAUUUCUUCCUGGGAAUUCUAGUUUUCCCUUCCUGGGAAUUCUAGUUUCCUCCCUGAUUUCUUCCUGGGAAUUCUAGUUUCCUCCCUGAUUUCUUCCUGGGAAUUCUAGUUUCCUCCUUCCCUGAAUUUCUAGAACUUUCUGGGAUUUCUAGUUUCCUCCCUGGGAAUUCUAGCUUCCUCCUUCCUGGGAUUUCUAGUUUGGGAAUUCUAGUUUCCUCCUUCCUGGGAUUUCUAGUUUGGGAAUUCUAGUUUCCUCCUUCCUGGGAUUUCUAGUUUGGGAAUUCUAGCUUCCUCCUUCCUGGGAAUUCUAGUUCCUCCUUCCUGGAAAUUCUAGCUUCCUCCUUCCUGGGAAUUUUAGUUCCACCUUCCUGGGAAUUCUAGUUUCCUCCUUCCUUGAAUUUCUAGAUUUCUUUCUGGGAAUUCUAGUUUUUCCUUCCUGGGAAUUCUAGUUUCCUUCCCUGAUUUCUUCCUGGGAAUUCUAGUUUCCUCCUUCCCUGAAUUUCUAGAACUUUCUGGGAAUUCUAGUCUCCUCCUUCCUGGGAUUUCUAGUUUGGGAAUUCUAGUUUCCUCCUUCCUGGUAAUUCUAGUUUUUCCUGGGAAUUCUAGUUUCCUUCCCUGAAUCUCUAGAUUUCUUCCUGGGAAUUCUAGUUUCCUCCUUCCCUGAAUUUCUAGAACUUUCUGGGAAUUCUAGUUUCCUCCUUCCUGGGAACUCUAGUUUCCUCCCCUGAAUUUCUAGAUUUCUUCCCGGGAAUUCUAGUUUCCUUCCCUGAAUUUCUAGAUUUCUUCUUGGGAAUUCUAGUAUUUCCUUCCUGGGAAUUCUAGUUUCCUUCCCUGAAUUUCUAGAUUUCUUCUUGGGAAUUCUAGUAUUUCCUUCCCGGGAAUUCUAGUUUCCUUCCCUGAAUUUCUAGAUUUCUUCUUGGGAAUUCUAGUAUUUCCUUCCUGGGAAUUCUAGUUUCCUUCCCUGAAUUUCUAGAUUUCUUCUUGGGAAUUCUAGUAUUUCCUUCCUGGGAAUUCUAGUUUCCUUCCCUGAAUUUCUAGAUUUCUUCCUGGGAAUUCUAGUAUUUCCUUCCGGAAUUCUAGUUUCCUUCCCUGAAUUUCUAGAUUUCUUCUUGGGAAUUCUAGUAUUUCCUUCCUGGGAAUUCUAGUUUCCUUCAGUGUAUUUCUAGAUUUCUUCUUGGGAAUUCUAGUAUUUCCUUCCCGGGAAUUCUAGUUUCCUUCCCUGAAUUUCUAGAUUUCUUCUUGGGAAUUCUAGUAUUUCCUUCCCGGGAAUUCUAGUUUCCUUCCCUGAAUUUCUAGAUUUCUUCUUGGGAAUUCUAGUAUUUCCUUCCUGGGAAUUCUAGUUUCCUUCCCUGAAUUUCUAGAUUUCUUCUUGGGAAUUCUAGUAUUUCCUUAACGGGAAUUAUAGUUUCCUUCCCUGAAUUUCUAGAUUUCUUCUUGGGAAUUCUAGUAUUUCCUUCCUGGGAAUUCUAGUUUCCUUCCCUGAAUUUCUAGAUUUCUUCUUGGGAAUUCUAGUAUUUCCUUCCUGGGAAUUCUAGUUUCCUCCCCUGAAUUUUCUAGAUUUCUAGAGCUUUCUGAAAUUUCCUGAAUUUCUAAAGCUUUCUGGGAUUUCUAGUUUUCUCCUCCCUGAAUUUCUAGAACUUUCUGGGAUUUCUAGUUUCCUCUUCCGGAUUCCUCCUGGCGGGCUCCAACCCGGCGCCCUCCAAACUACGUUUCCCGCCCGCAGGCUACACCGGCUACAUCCCGCGCUUCCCCUGGAUCAUGGGAGAAAACUACACCGCCGGGGUCAAGGACGCCAUGGACGACUUCGACCGCAACCAGGUGCAGGCGCGCUACAACUCCCGGCGCCGCCGCGCGCUACAACUCCCGGGCCAUUGAUAUCCACCUGCAGGGAGGGAGCCGGGUUCAAAAGAUCCCGGGUUCAAAAAGAUCCAGAUGACGCACCAAGGCGCGCGCUACAACUCCCAAAGCUGCACGCUACAACUCCCAAAGCUGCGCGCUACAACUCCCAGGCCUGGCGCCAGGCCUUGAGUUCUGGAUCCGGGUUCAAGCCGGAUGCUAGAACUCCCGGGGUUGCCGCGCGCUACAACUCCCAGGCCUGGCGCCAGGCAUUGAGUUCAAGGCCUGGAUCUGGGUUCAAGCGAGAUGACCUGCCAGGCGCAUGCUAGAACUCCCGGCGGCGCCGCGCGCUACAACUCCCAGGCCAUUGGUUUCUACCUGCAGGGAGGGAGCCGGGUUCAAGAGAUCCCUUCGCCUCCCGAGAUUUCAAAUUCCAGGCGCGCGCUACAACUCCCAAAGCUGCGCGCUACAACUCCCAGGCCUGGCGCCAGGUAUCGAUUUCAAGGCCUGGAUCCGGGUUCAAACUAGAUGCUAGAACUCCCAAAGCUGCGCGCUACAACUCCCAGGCCUGGCGCCAGGUUCAAGGCCUGGAUCCGGGUUCAAACUAGAUGCUACAACUCCCAAAGCUGCGCGCUACAACUCCCAGGCCUGGCGCCAGGUUCAAGGCCUGGAUCCGGGUUCAAGCUAGAUGCUACAACUCCCAAAGCUGCGCGCUACAACUCCCAGGCCUGGCGCCAGGUUCAAGGCCUGGAUCCGGGUUCAAGCUAGAUGCUACAACUCCCAAAGCUGCGCGCUACAACUCCCAGGCUUGGCGCCAGGCAUUGAGUUCAAAGCCUGGAUCUGGGUUCAAGCGAGAUGACCUGCCAGGCGCAUGCUAGAACUCCCGGCGGCGCCGCGCGCUACAACUCCCGGCGCCGCCACGUGCUACAACUCCCAGGCCUGGCGCCGGGCAUUGAGUUCAAGGCCUGGAUCCGGGUUCAAGCGAGAUGACCUGCCAGGCGCAUGCUAUAACUCCCGGGGUUGCUGCGCGCUACAACUCCCAGGCCUGGCGCCAGGCUCAAACCCUGGAUCCGGGUUCAAACUAGAUGCUACAACUCCCAAAGCUGCGCGCUACAACUCCCAGGUCUGGCGCCAGGCAUUGAGUUCAAGGCCUGGAUCCGGGUUCAAGCUAGAUGCUACAACUCCCAAAGCUGCGCGCUACAACUCCCAGGCCUGGCGCCAGGUUCAAGGCCUGGAUCCGGGUUCAAGCUAGAUGCUAGAACUCCCGGGGUUGCCGCGCGCUACAACUCCCAGGCCUUUGAUUUCUCCCAGCAGGGAGGGACCCGGGUUCAAAAGAUCCCUUCACCAUCUCCUCCCCUGACCGGGUUCGGGGUCAGGAUGGAUGACCGGGCGCCGGCUCUAGAACUCCCAGCGGCGCCCAUUGAUUUCUACCUAUGGGGAGGGAGCCGGGUUCAAGACAUCCCUCCCCAGAUUUCAAGGCCCGGAUCCGGGUUCAAAUCCACCCAGCGCCAGGCGCUACAACUCCCAGGCACACCUCGCGCUACAACUCCCAGAGCUGGCGCCAGCCAUCGCUUUCUACCUGCAGGGAAGAACCCGGGUUCACCAGAUCCCUAUGCAGAUUUCAAAGCCUGGAUCCGGGUUCGAGCCAGACAACCCGGCGCCGGCGCUACAACUCCCAAAACCGUGCGCUACAACUCCCAAAGCAUGGAUUUCUCCCUGCGUUCUUGGACCCGGGUCCAGGAUUUCAAGGCCUGGAUCCGGGUUCGAGCCAGACAACCCCGCACCUUGCGCUAUAACUCCCAGCGCCGUGCGCUACAACUCCCAGCGCCGUGCGCUACAACUCCCAAAGCAUGGAUUUCUCCCUGCGUUCUGGGACCCGGGUCCAGGAUUUCAAGGCCUGGAUCCGGGUUCAAGGCAGGCAACACCGCAACCCAACACCCUGCGCUACAAAUCCCAGCGCCACGCGCUACAACUCCCAAAGCACGGAUUUCUCCCUGCGUUCUGGGACCCGGGUCCAGGAUUUCAAGGCCUGGAUCCGGGUUCAAGCCAGACAACCCCGCACCUUGCGCUACAACUCCCAGCGCCGCGCGCUACACCUCCCAGCACCGCGCGCUACAACUCCCAAAGCAUGGAUUUCUCCCUGCGUUCUGGGACCCGGGUCCAGGAUUUCAAGGCCUGGAUCCGGGUUCAAGCCAGGCAAGCCCAACACCCUGUGCUACGACUCCCAGCACCGCGCGCUACAACUCCCAGCGCCGCGCGCUACAACUCCCAAAGCACGGAUUUCUCCCUGCGUUCUGGGACCCGGGUCCAGGAUUUCAAGGCCUGGAUCCGGGUUCAAGCCAGGCAAGACCGCACCCCAACACCCUGCGCUACAACUCCCAGCACUGUGCGCUACAACUCCCAAAGCAAGGAUUUCUCCCCGCGUUCUGGGACCCGGGUCCAGGAUUUCAAGGCCUGGUUCCGGGUUCAAGCCAGGCAAGCCCAACACCCUGUGCUACGACUCCCAGCACCGCGCUGCAACUCCCAGCGCUGCGCGCUACAACUCCCAACGCACGGAAUUCUCCCUGCGUACCGGGACCCGGGUCCAGGAUUUCAAGGCCUGGAUCCGGGUUCAAGCCAGGCAAGCCCAACACCCUGUGCUACGACUCCCAGCACCGCGCGCUACAACUCCCAGCGCCGCGCGCUACAACUCCCAAAGCACGGAUUUCUCCCUGCGUUCUGGGACCCGGGUCCAGGAUUUCAAGGCCUGGAUCCGGGUUCAAGCCAGGCAACACCGCAACCUGGCGCCGCGCGCUACAACUCCCGGCGCCGCGCGCUACAACUCCCAAACCUGGCGCCACGCAUCUCUUUCUACCUGCAGGGAGGAACCCGAGUUCUAAUGAUCCCUUCGCCCGGAUCCGGGUUCGAGCCAGACAACCCCAACCCAACACCCUGCGCUACAACUCCCAACACCCUGCGCUACAACUCCCAAAGCACUGAUUUCUCCCCGCGUUCUUGGACCCGGGUCCAGGAUUUCAAGGCCCGGAUCCGGGUUCGAGCCAGGCAAGCCCACCCCAACACCCUGCACUACAACUCCCAGAGCUGGCGCCAGCCAUCGCUUUCUACCUAUCGGGAGGGAUCCGGGUUCAAGACAUCCCUCCCCGGAUUUCAAAGCCCGGAUCCGGGUUCAAAUCCACCCAGCGCCAGGCGCUACAACUCCCAGGCACACCUCGCGCUACAACUCCCAGAGCUGGCGCCAGCCAUCACUUUCUUCCUACUGGGAGGGAUCCGGGUUCAAGACAUCCCUCCCCAGAUUUCAAAGCCCGGAUCCGGGUUCAAAUCCACCCGGCGCCGCGCGCUACAACUCCCAAAUCCGGCGCCACCUUUCCGAACCCAGGUUCCAAACAUCCUUAUCUCCACUCCUAACCCAGCUUUCGGAGCCGGGUUCGAGGGAGGCGGCGCCGCGCGCUACAACUCCCGGCGCCUGAACCCGCCUUUUCUCCCGCAGGAAAUGCUGAGGAGUCCAAUGUAUAGUUUUGGGAAGCGCCUGCCCAGCACCUAUUGGCCGAACAACCAGAUUUACACCAGCGGAGGAUUAAUGCCUUUCUAUACGGGUUUCGUGCCGAGUAAGUCUAUUGGAUUUCCCAUAGAAAUGUCAUUUAUUUCUGUAAUUUUCCACUCGAAAAUCCCAUAGAAAUGUCAUUUAUUUCUGUAUUUUUCCACUCGAAAAUCCCAUAGAAAUGUCCUUUAUUUCUGUAAUUUACCACUCGAAAAUCCCAUUUUCCCCUGUAUUUGUCCACUCUAAAAUCCCAUAGAAAUGUCAUUUUUGGUAUAUUUUUCCACCCAAAAAUCCCAUUUCCCCCUGGAUUUUCCCACUCCAAAAUCCCAUUUUCCCCUGGAUUUUUCCACUCGAAAAUCCCAUCGAAAUGUCAUUUAUUUCUGUAUUUUUCCACUCGAAAAUCCCAUAGAAAUGUCAUUUUUGGUAUAUUUUUCCACCCAAAAAUCCCAUUUUCCCCUGUAUUUUUCCACUCGAAAAUCCCAUAGAAAUGUCAUUUUUCCCUGUAUUUUUCCACUCUAAAAUCCCAUUUUUCUACUCGAAAAUCCCAUAGAAAUGUCAUUUUUUCCUGUAUUUUUCCACUCAAAAAUCUCAUUUUCCCCUGUAUUUUUCCACCCAAAAAUCCCAUUUUCCCUUUUUUUUCCACUCGAAAAUCCCAUAGAAAUGUCAUUUCUUUCUGUAAUUUUCCACCCAAAAAUCCCAUUUCCCCCUGUAUUUUUCCACUCCAAAAUCCCAUUUUCCCCUGGAUUUACCCACUUUAAAAUCCCAUAGAAAUGUCAUUUUUGGUAUAUUUUUCCACCCAAAAAUCCCAUUUUCCCUUUUUUUUCCACUCAAAAAUCCCAUAGAAAUGUCAUUUUUCCCUGUAUUUGUCCACUCUAAAAUCCCAUUUUUCUACUCGAAAAUCCCAUAGAAAUGUCAUUUUUUCCUGGAUUUUCCCACCCAAAAAUCCCAUUUUCCCCUGGAUUUUCCCACUAAAAAAUCCCAUAGAAAUGUCAUUUUUGGUAUAUUUUUCCACCCAAAAAUCCCAUUUCCCCCUGUAUUUUCCCACACAAAAAUCCCAUUUUCCCUGUAUUUUCCCACUCCAAAAUCCAUUUUCCCUUCAUUUUUCCACCCAACAAUCCCAUUUUCCCCUUUAUUUUUCCACCCAAAAAUCCCAUUUCCCCCUGGAUUUUCCCACCCAAAAAUCCCAUUUUCGCCUGGAUUUUUCCACCAAAAAAUCCCAUUUUCCCCUGUAUUUUUCCACUCCAAAAUCCCAUUUUCCCCUGUAUUUUUCCACCCAAAAAUCCCAUUUUCCCUUUUUUUCCCACUCGAAAAUCCCAUAGAAAUGUCAUUUUUUCCUGUAAUUUCCCACUCCAAAAUCCCAUUUUCCCCUGUAUUUUUCUACUCAAAAAUCCCAUUUUCCCCUGGAUUUUCCCACUCGAAAAUCCCAUUUUCCCCUGUAUUUUUCCACUCGAAAAUCCCAUAGAAAUGUAAUUUUUGGUAUAUUUUUCCACCCAAAAAUCCCAUUAAAAAUGUCAUUUAUUUCUGAAUUUUUCCACUCCAAAAUCCCAUAGAAAUGUCAUUUUGGGGGUAUUUUUCCAUUCCAAAAUCCCAUAGAAAUGUCAUUUUUGGGGUAUUUUUCCAUUCCAAAAUCCCAUAGAAAUGUCAUUUUGGGGGGAUUUUCCCACCCAAAAAUCCCAUUUUCCCCUGUAUUUUUCCACUCCAAAAUCCCAUAGAAAUGUCAUUUUGGGGGGAUUUUUCCAUUCCAAAAUCCCAUAGAAAUGUCAUUUUGGGGGGAUUUUUCCACCCGAAAAUCUCAUUUUCCCCUGUAUUUUUCCAUUCCAAAAUCCCAUAGAAAUGUCAUUUUUGGUAUAUUUUUCCACCCAAAAAUCCCAUUUCCCCCUGGAUUUUCCCACUCGAAAAUCCCAUUUUCCCCUGUAUUUUUCCACCCAAAAAUCCCAUUUUCCCUUUUUUUUCUACUCGAAAAUCCCAUAGAAAUGUCAUUUUUUCCUGUAUUUUUCCACUCGAAAAUCCCAUUUUCCCCUGUAUAUUCCCACUCCAAAAUCCCAUAGAAAUGUAAUUUUUGGUAUAUUUUUCCACCCGAAAAUCCCAUUUUCCCCUGGAUUUUUCCACUCUAAAAUCCCAUAGAAAUGUCAUUUUGGGGGGAUUUUUCCACUCCAAAAUCCCAUUUUCCCGUUUUUUUCCACUCUAAAAUCCCAUAGAAAUGUCCUUUAUUUCUGUAAUUUCCCACUCGAAAAUCCCAUUUCCCCCCGUAUUUUUCCACUCUAAAAUCCCAUAGAAAUGUCAUUUCUUUCUGUAUUUUUCCACUCGAAAAUCCCAUAGAAAUGUAAUUCUUGGUAUAUUUUCCCACCCAAAAAUCCCAUUUUCCCCUGUAUUUUUCCACUCCAAAAUCCCAUAGAAAUGUCAUUUUUGGUAUAUUUUUCCACCCAAAAAUCCCAUUUUCCCCUGUAUUUUUCCACUCGAAAAUCCCAUAGAAAUGUCCUUUAUUUCUGUAAUUUCCCACUCCAAAAUCCCAUUUAUAUAUAUAUAUAUAUAUAUAUAUAUAUAUAUAUAUUAUUACUUUUUAUUUAUAUUUAUAUUAUUAUUUAUAUUUAUAUUUAUAUUUAUAUUUAUAUUUAUAUUUAUAUUUGGCUCUUUCGAUCCACAACAACUUUCCCCUCUGACACAUAUAUAUGUAAUAUAAUAUAUUUAUUAUUAUUAUUAUUAUUAUUAUUAUUAUUUUUACUAUUAUUAUAUAUUUAUAUUUAUUUUCUAAGUUUCUCCCCCCCAGCCAUCCGCAACAACUUUCCCCUCUGAAAUUUAUAUAUAUAUAUAUAGAUAGAUAGAUAGAUAGAUAGAUAUAGAUAUAGAUAUAUGUUACUAUUUAUUAUUUAUAUUUAUAUUAUUAUUUCUAUUUAUAUUAUUAUUUACAUUUAUAUUUAUAUUCUAUUUUCCUCUCCCCAGCGAUCCGCAUUAUAUAUAGAUAUAUAUAUAUAUAUAAAUAAUAUAUAUUAUUAUUUUUAUUUACAUUUAUAUUAUUAUUUAUAUUAUUAUUAUUUAUAUUAUUAUUUAUAUUUAUAUUUAUUUUCUAUUUUCCUCUCCCCCCCCCCGCCAUCCGUGACAACUUUCCGCGCUGAAAUUUUUAUAUAUAUAUAUAUAUAUAUAUAUAUAUAUAUAUAUACACACACACACACACAUACAUACAUAUAUAUAAAUAAUAUGUUACUAUUUUUUAUUUAUAUUAUUAUUUAUAUUUAUAUUAUUAUUUACAUUUAUAUUUAUUUUCUAUUUUCCUCUCCCCCCAGCGAUCCAUAACAUACAUACUAUAUAUAUAUAUAUAUAUAAAAUAAAUAUAUUAUUAUUUUUAUUUAUAUUUAUAUUAUUUAUAUUAUUUAUAUUAUUUAUAUUAUUGUUUAUAUUUAUAUUUAUAUUUAUUUUCUAUUUCCUCUCCCCCAGCCAUCCGCGACAACUUUCCCCUCUGACACACACACACACACACAUAUAUAUAUUAUUAAUAUAUAUUAUUAUUUCUUAUUUACAUUUAUAUUAUUAUUUAUAUUAUUAUUGUUUAUAUUAUUAUUUAUAUUUAUAUUUAUAUUCUAUUUUCCUCUCCCAUCGAUCCGCAACAUAUAUAUAUAUAUAUAUAUAUAUAUAUAUAUAUAUAUAUAUAAUAUUAUUUUUAUUUACAUUUAUAUUAUUUAUAUUAUUAUUUGUAUUAUUUAUAUUAUUUAUAUUAUUAUUAUUAUUAAUAUUAUUAUUUAUACUUAUAUUUAUAUUUAUUUUCUAUUUUCCUCUCUCCCCCCCAGCCAUCCGCCACAACUUUCCCCUCUGACACACACACACAUAUAUAUAUAUUAUUAAUAUAUAUUAUUAUUUCUUAUUUACAUUUAUAUUAUUAUUUAUAUUAUUAAUGUUUAUAGUAUAAUUUAUAUUUAUAUUUAUAUUCUAUUUUCCUCUCCCCCAUCGAUCCGCAACAUAUAUAUAUAUACAUAUAUAUAUAUAUAUAUAUAUAUAUAUAUAUAUAUAUAUAUAAUAUUAUUUUUUAUUUAGAUUUAUAUUAUUUAUAUUAUUAUUUAUAUUAUUUAUAUUAUUUAUAUUAUUUAUAUUAUUAUUAUUAUUAAUAUUAUUAUUUAUACUUAUAUUUAUAUUUAUUUUCUAUUUUCCUCUCUCCCCCCCAGCCAUCCGCCACAACUUUCCCCUCUGACACACACACACAUAUAUAUAUAUUAUUAAUAUAUAUUAUUAUUUCUUAUUUACAUUUAUAUUAUUAUUUAUAUUAUUAUUGUUUAUAUUAUUAUUUAUAUUUAUAUUUAUAUUUAUAUUCUAUUUUCCUCUCCCCCAUCGAUCCGCAACAUAUAUAUAUAUACAUAUAUAUAUAUAUAUAUAUAUAUAUAUAAAAUAUUAUUUUUUAUUUACAUUUAUAUUAUUAUUUAUAUUAUUAUUUAUAUUAUUUAUAUUAUUAUUAUUAUUAUUAUUAUUAAUAUUAUUAUUUAUACUUAUAUUUAUAUUUAUUUUCUAUUUUCCUCUCCCCCCCAGCCAUCCGCCACAACUUUCCCCUCUGACACACACACACACACACAUAUAUAUAUAUUAUUAAUAUAUAUUAUUAUUUCUUAUUUACAUUUAUAUUAUUAUUUAUAUUAUUAUUGUUUAUAUUAUUAUUUAUAUUUAUAUUUAUAUUCUAUUUUCCUCUCCCCCAUCGAUCCGCAACAUAUAUAUAUAUAUAUAUAUAUAAUAUUAUUUUUUAUUUACAUUUAUAUUAUUAUUUAUAUUAUUUAUAUUAUUAUUAUUAUUAUUAUUUAUACUUAUAUUUAUAUUUAUAUUUAUUUUCUAUUUUCCUCUCUCCCCCCAGCCAUCCGCGACAACUACGCCCAGACCUUUGGCAACAGCACCCGCCAGGCCUACUUCGCGGAGCUCCAGCGGAGGCAGCGGGAGGGUUGAGAGAAAACCAAUAAAAAAUAAUAAUAAUAAUGAAACGAGGCUUUUUAUUGGCCGCCCAAAACAAUGACAUCACAACCACAGAGAAACGGGGAGGGAGGGGACCCCGGGAUGGAGGACCGAGGGGAGAGGUGACCUUCUAGGAAACCAACCGGAGGAGGAGAACGUCCUGGAGGACUGUAGAGGUGACCUUCUAGGAGUCGUUGGGAGAACGUCGAGGAAAGCAGGAAGAGCGUCGAGAGGGGACCUUCUAGGAAACCAACCGGAGGAGAACGUCCUGGAGGACCGUAGAGGCGACCUUCUAGGAAACAGGAGUCGUUGGGAGAACGUCGAGGAAACCAGGAAGAGCGUCGAGAGGUGACCUUCUAGGAAACCAACCGGGGAGGAGAAUGUCCUGGAGGACCGUAGAGGCGACCUUCUAGGAAACAGGAGCUGUUGGUAGAACACCAUGAGGACCUUCUAGGAAACAGGAGUCGUCGGGAGGAGGAGAACGUCGUGGAGGACCACGGAGACCUUCUACGAAACCAGGAAGAGUGCCGAGAGGUUCCUUCCGAGGGGAGAGGUGACCUUCUAGGAAACAGGAGCCAUCUUGGAAGACUGAGGUGACCUUCUAGGAAGAGCGUAGAGAGCUGCCUUCCGAGGGAAGAGGUGACCUUCUAGGAAACAAACAGGAGGAGGAGAACGUCCUGGAGGACUGUAGAGGUGACCUUCUAGGAAACAGGAGCUGUUGGCAGAACAUCAUGAGGACCUUCUAGGAAACAGGAGUCGGGAGAACGCCUUGGAGGACCAAGUCGUGACCUUCUAGGGAGCCAGGAAGAGCGUCGAGAGGUGACCUUCUAGGAAACAGCAGUCGGGAGAACGCCUUGGAGGACCAAGUCGUGACCUUCUAGGAAACCAGGAAGAGCGUCGAGAGGCGACCUUCUAGGAAACAGCAGUCGGGAGAACGCCUUGGAGGACGAAGUCGUGACCUUCUAGGAAACCAGGAAGAGCGUCGAGAGGUGACCUUCUAGGAAACAGCAGUCGGGAGAACGCCUUGGAGGACCGAGUUGUGACCUUCUAGGAAACCAGGAAGAGCGUCGAGAGGUGACCUUCUAGGAAACAGCAGUCGGGAGAAAGCCUUGGAGGACCAAGUAGUGAGUGACCUUCUAGGAAACCAGGAAGAGCGUCGAGAGGCGGCCUUCUAGGAAACAGCAGGCGGGAGAAGGCCUUGGAGGACCAAGUCGUGACCUUCUAGGAAACCAGGAAGAGCAUCGAGAGGUGACUUUCUAGGAAACAGCAGGCGGGAGAAGGCCUUGGAGGACCAAGUCGUGACCUUCUAGGAAACCAGGAAGAGCAUCGAGAGGUGACUUUCUAGGAAACAGCAGUCGGGAGAACGCCUUGGAGGACCAAGUCGUGACCUUCUAGGAAACCAGGAAGAGCGUCGAGAGGCGACCUUCUAGGAAGCAGCAGUCAGGAGAACCCCUUGGAGGACCGAGUCGUGACCUUCUAGGAAACCAGGAAGAGCCUCGAGAGGUGACCUUCUAGGAAACAGCAGUCGGGAGAACGCCUUGGAGGACCGAGUCGUGACCUUCUAGGAAACCAGGAAGAGCGUCGAAAGGUUCCUUCCGAGGGGAGAGGUGACCUUCUAGGAAACAGGAGCCGUCUUGGAAGACUGAGGUGACCUUCUAGGAAGAGCGUAGAGAGCUGCCAUCCGAGGGAAGAGGUGACCUUCUAGGAAAGCAAAGAAGAGCGUAGAGAGGUGACCUUCUAGGAAGUCUGGAGGUGAUGAACGUCCUGGAGGACCUUCUAGGAAACAACAGUCAGGAGGAGAAGAACAUCAUGGAGGACCUUCUAGGAAACCAGGAAGUGCGUGGAGAGGUGACCUUCUAGGAAACAGGAGCUGUCGAGAGAACGUUGUGGAGGACCAAGGGGAGAGGGGACCUUCUAGGAAACAGGAGCUGUCGAGAGAACGUUGUGGAGGACUGAUGGGAGAGGGGACCUUCUAGGAAACAGGACCUGUUGGUAGAACACCAGGAGGACCUUCUAGGAAACAGGAGUCGUCGGGAGGAGAAGAACGCCGCGGAGGACCACGGAGACCUUCUAGGAAACCAGGAAGAGCGUGGAGAGGUGACCUUCUAGGAAAGCAGAGCUGUUGGGAGGAGAAUGUUGUGGGAGGAACCAUCUGAGGAACAUCUGAUGAAGAUGGAAAGUCACCAUGGGAGGAGGAAACAUCUGGAGGAGAACCUGGUGAGAACAUGGAUCCAAGAUGGAAGGUCAGGAUGGAGAGCCACCAUGGAAGGCACAAUCUGGAGAACAUCUGAAGAACAUCUGAAGAGUCACCAUGGAAGGAAAGAUCUGAGGAACAUCUGAGGAACGUCUGAAGGGGAACCUGGAUCCCAGGUGGAACGUCAGCAUGGAGAGCCACCAUGGAAAGAAAGAUCUAAGGAACAUCUGAGGAACAUCUGAAGGGGAACCUGGAUCCCAGGUGGAACGUCAGCAUGGAGAGCCACCAUGGAAGGAAAGAUCUAAGGAACAUCUGAGGAACAUCUGAAGGGGAACCUGGAUCCCAGGUGGAACGUCAGCAUGGAGAGCCACCAUGGAAGGAAAGAUCUGAGGAACAUCUGAAGGGGAAGCUGGAUCCCAGGUGGAACGUCAGCAUGGAGAGCCACCAUGGAAGGAAAGAUCUAAGGAACAUCUGAGGAACAUUGGAAGGAGAACAUGGGUCAACGGAGAGGCUGGGUGGUUGUGCUUCUUCUGAGUUGGCGGUGAAGGGGGCGGACAUCUUGAGGACAUGUGGUGGGAUGUCGCAGACGGCCGUCUUCACGUUGUUGGGGGUCCAUGAAAGGAAGGACUUGGGUCCGAGGUGGAGCUGAAUCCGAGAUGGAAGCUGGUGAGAAGAUGGAAGCAAGGGGGAAGGUCAGGAUGGAAAGCCACCAUGGAAGGAACCAUCUGGAGAACAUCUGAGGAACAUCUGAAGCAGAAGAUGGGUCACCAUGGAAGGAAACAUCUGAAGAACAUCGGUGGAAUAUCUGAGGAACAUCUGAAUGGGAACCUGGUGAGAACCUGGAAGGUCAGAAUGGAGAACCACCAUGGAAGGAACCAUCUAAAGAACAUCUGAAGGAGAACCUGGUGAGAACAUGGAAGGUCAGGAUGGAGAGCCACCAUGGAAAGGAACAUCUGGAGAACAUUUGAAGAACAUGGAAGGUCACCAUGGGAGGAACAUCUGAAGGAGAACAUGGAAGGAACCAUCUGAUGAACAUCUGAAGGAGAACAUGGAAGGAAGCAUCUGAAGAACAUCUGAAGGAGAACAUGGAAGGAAGCAUCUGGAGAAGAUGGAAGGAACCAUCUGAAGAACAUCUGAGGAACAUCUGAAGAACAUGGAAGGAAACAUCUGAAGAACAUUUGAAGAACAUGGAAGAUCACCAUGGGAGGAACAUCUGAAGGAGAAGAUGGAAGGAAACAUCUGAGGAACAUCGGAAGAACAUGGAAGGAAACAUCUGAAGAACAUCUGAAGGAGAAUGUGGAAGGAAGCAUCUGAAGGAGGACAUGGAAGGAACCAUCUGAGGAACAUCUGAAGAACAUCUGAAGGAGAAGAUGGAAGAAAACAUCUGAAGAACAUCUGAGGAACAUGGAAGAUCACCAUGGGAAAAACAUCUGAAGGAGAAGAUGGAAGGAAACAUCUGAGGAACAUCGGAAGAACAUGGAAGGAAACAUCUGAGGAACAUCUGAAGGAGAACAUGGAAGGAACCAUCUGAAGAACAUCUGAGGAACAUCGGAAGGAGAAGAUGGAUGGGUGUGGUUGUGGUGGUUCUGGGUCCUCCUAGGCGGCCUCCUCCUCGGCCUCCUCCUCAAACUCCCCCUCCUCCUCGGCGGUGGCGUCCUGGUACUGCUGGUACUCCGAGACCAGGUCGUUCAUGUUGCUCUCGGCCUCGGUGAACUCCAUCUCGUCCAUGCCUUCUCCGGUGUACCAGUGGAGGAAGGCCUUGCGCCGGAACAUGGCGGUGAACUGCUCCGAGAUCCUCUUGAAGAGCUCCUGGAUGGCGGUGGAGUUGGUGGACAUCUUGAGGACAUGUGGGGGGAGGCCACAGACGGCCGUCUUCACGUUGUUGGGGAUCCAUGAAAAGAAGGACUUGGGUUCGAGGUGGAGCUGAAUCCGAGAUGGAAGCUGAUGAGAAGAUGGAAGCAAGGGGGAAGGUCAGGAUGGAGAGUCACCAUGGAAGGAAACAUCUGGAGAACAUCCGAAGGAGAAGAUGGAAGGUCACCACGGGAGGAAACAUCUGAAGAACAUCUGAAAGGGAACCUGGUGAGAACUUUGAAGCAAGGUGGAACAUCAGGAUGGAAAGACACCAUGGAAGGAACCAUCUGAGGAACACCUGAUGAAGAUGGAAGGGUCACCGUGGGAGGAAACAUCUGAGGAACAUCCUGGUGAGAACAUGGAAGCAAGGUGAAACGUCAGGAUGGAGGACCACCAUGGAAGGAAACAUCUGAGGAACAUCGGAAGAACAUGGAAGGGAACAUCUGAAGAAGAACAUUGAAGGAAACAUCUGGAGAACAUCUGAAGGAGAACAUGGAAGGAAACAUCGGAAGAACACCGGAAGAACAUGGAAGGUCACCAUCGGAAGAAACAUAUGAAGAACAUGGGAGGAAACAUCAGAAGCACAUCUGAAGGAGAACAUGGGUCACCAUGGGAGGAAAGAUCUGAAGAACAUCUGAGGAACAUCUGAAGGACAGCCUGGGGAGAACUUGGAAGGUCUGAAUGGAGAGCCACCAUGGAAGGAAACAUCUGAAGAACAUCUGAAGAAGCUGAACGGAGAACCAACAUUUGAGGAAAGAUCCAAAGAACAUUGGAAGGAGAACAUGGAAGGAAACACCUGGAGAACAUCUGAAGGACAACAUGGAUGGGUCAAGAAGGGGAUGGGUGUCCAGGAAGGUGAUGGACAUCUCUGGUUGUGGUGGUUCUGGGUCCUCCUAGGCGGCCUCCUCCUCGGCCUCCUCCUCAAACUCCCCCUCCUCCUCGGCGGUGGCGUCCUGGUACUGCUGGUACUCCGAGACCAGGUCGUUCAUGUUGCUCUCGGCCUCGGUGAACUCCAUCUCGUCCAUGCCUUCUCCGGUGUACCAGUGGAGGAAGGCCUUUCUCCUGAACAUGGCCGUGAACUGCUCCGAGAUCCUCUUGAAGAGCUCCUGGAUGGCGGUGGAGUUUCCGAUGAAGGUGGCGGACAUCUUGAGGCCCCGGGGCGGGAUGUCGCAGACGGCGGUCUUGACGUUGUUGGGGAUCCACUCCACGAAGUAGGAGGAGUUCUUGUUCUGGACGUUCAGCAUCUGCUCGUCCACCUCCUUCAUGGACAUCCUGCCCCGGAAGACGGCCGCCACCGUGAGGUAGCGGCCGUGGCGCGGGUCGCAGGCGGCCAUCAUGUUCUUGGCGUCGAACAUCUGCUGGGUCAACUCGGGGACGGUCAAGGCUCUGUACUGCUGACUACCUCUGCUGGUCAAAGGGGCGAAGCCGGGCAUGAAGAAGUGGAGGCGGGGGAAGGGGACCAUGUUGACCGCCAGCUUGCGGAGGUCGGCGUUGAGCUGGCCCGGGAAACGGAGACAGGUGGUCACCCCGGACAUGGUGGCCGAGACCAGGUGGUUGAGGUCCCCGUAGGUGGGGGUGGUCAGCUUGAGGGUCCGGAAGCAGAUGUCGUAGAGGGCUUCGUUGUCUAUGCAGUAGGUCUCGUCGGUGUUCUCCACCAGCUGGUGGACCGAGAGGGUGGCGUUGUAAGGUUCCACCACCGUGUCGGAGACCUUCGGGGAGGGGACCACCGAGAAGGUGUUCAUGAUGCGGUCGGGGUACUCCUCUCGGAUCUUGGAGAUCAGCAAGGUCCCCAUGCCGGAACCCGUGCCGCCGCCCAAGGAGUGGGUCAGCUGGAAGCCCUGGAGGCAGUCGCAGGACU